AUGGCAGACUCAUUCUCCGGCAGCGACUGUGCUGACACUGAGGACUGCAGUUCCAAAUCAUACCUGAGCCUCUCUGUGGGCUAUUACCCCUGUGAGGACACCUUCUCCUAUGAGAACACAGUCUCCUGUGAAGACAUGUCUUCCAAGUGUCCCUCAGUCCACUUAGUCCCUCCUAUCCAAGGCACAUGGCUGACUGACAGUAUAGGGAGACUCCUGGGGAGACGAGACCAAAUUCAGGACGACCCAGAACAGUUUUGCAAACUAAGCAUCACCCUGGCCUGGGAUAUUGAUAUGGGCUCGAACCAAUCAGACUCCAUCACUAAUUGGGAUCCACAUGGACACCAUCAGUGGAUAGGCCAGUACACCAAAGAGAAGACACAACUGACUCUUAGCAAACUGGAUGGUCUUGUGCAAAAGCUUGAGAAAUUUCUAGAAAAUCAGAAAGAUGAGGAAGACGAUGAGUCUGUGUUCCCUGAAUCCGCUCCGGAGGAAAACUGCCAGCUGUCCAGCAGCUCCCCUCCAGAUAUGGCUCAGACGAUAAGCCAGGCACCUGGCAGCCAAAGGACAAGCACUACAGAGACCUCGUCAGUCUCAUCAGAUCCUCCAGAGGAGGAGGACGCGCAUUCCAGCACACAAGCCCUCUCCUGUCUGAACAUCAGGUGGGUCUUCCACUGGCUGAGGCUGCACGUCCUCUCCUCCUUUGGGGGAAGGCAGCUCUCUGAGAAGGCCACCCAUCAGCUGACACACAAGAAAAGACUCUUUCCCAGAAGCAAAAGAAUCCAACCUCAAGAAUCCCUCGAAUUAGGACCCCCUGUACCGCCAGAAUUUGUAACUUUCUGAUAGCCCCUGUUCUACAAUCCCCGUGAGUUCAUUUUUUUCCAAUAAACAAAACACACAGUCUUGUUAUCCACAUCUUCCUCUUCCAGCUCACCAUCCUGACUUGGGCUGAAAGGAUAUAUGUUAUCUCUGGGAAUUUUCACACAUAACAGGAAGGUGUUCUUUUUCUCUCCUCUCUCCCCUUUUUGUUGUAUUUUACCCUAUUUUGUCAUCAACCCAAAUACCCAUUUUCAGAAGGCAGUAGCACAACCCAUCACAUUCCUUCCUUGGCAGUAUGGUUUUGGUUGAACUUCCGGGGCUCAAGCAAGUGGCAGCGGGUACUGAGUCACUCAGGAAGUGUUUCAAUUGGCCAAGUUUCAGCAGUUCUGAUGUUCCUGGGGGGCCUGACUAGUUCUAGCAUGUGUUGCCUUGGCUAUAAAAUAAGUGGCCCACUUCGGAGGAAUGUGAGGAUUGGGAAUGCUACUUAACCACGCUAAGCUUAACUUUCCUCAUUCAUGAGAUGAGAAAGAUAAUAAUACACCUCAUAGGGUUGCUGUCAUGAUUAAUGAGAUAAUACAAGCACUUCAUAAAUAUUACUAUUGUUGCUGCUAUAACACUACCCAGAAGCCUUGACCCAAGGGACAUCCAAGAGUGAGAGUUUAAGAGUCAAUUCUCAUUGAAAUGUUUCCCACAUAGAAGCAAUA